AUGCGUCUUCAAGAUAUAGCCAUAGUCACGAAUACGCCGCUAGAGACCGAUAUGGUCCUGCUGGAGAAAUUCAAGGCGCACGAUCGCAUUCUCUGGGAUCCUAAGACUGACCUGUACUCAUAUCGGCAUGAGUUCAGCUUUCGAAAUAAAGUUGCACUCCUUACAGAAAUACAGCGGCAGACGCGCAAAGGCGGUGGGAUUCCUGUUCGUGCGCUGAAGGAGUCUUGGAAAGAGGCACCGCAAGCUAUCGAGGAGCUAGAGAAGGAGGGGGAGGUGCUUGUAACGCGGACGGUGAAGGACGGUCAGCUGCGAAUGGUGUUUUGGAACGAAAUAAAACCGGAUGACGAGAGUGGGGGGAAGCAAGUAGAGAAAGAAUUCUUCGAUUUGUGGCAUUCGCUCAAGGUGCCGAACGAUGUUGACCUUCUCAAAGCGCUGCAUGCUGGCACGAGUCUCGAGCUAUCUCCUUCCAUUUGUUGUCUGACAGGCAUCUACAGAGGGUCUCCAGGCUACUGCGGAAGAAACGCCGAUACCAAAAGCACCGUCGAAUUUGAAGAAGAAGGGAAAGCGCUCAGCACCGCGACAACAGAAGCUUUAAAAAUCGCAGAGGCCGGCGGGUGUACUUUUCGUUCUUUGAUACAGUCCAACGGUACUUGGUCGUUCCAUCGGCAGCCUACGACAAAAUCGUUACUUUCAAGUUAUCGUAGAGACGAGCGUGCCGAAAUCUGUUACCUAGAGAUAGCCAACAUUGACUCGGAUCUCGGGUGGAAGCACAUGUCUCGUCAACAACAGGAUGCAGAUUCCAAUCCCCGGUUCAGACAAAGGUCAAACACCACAGCUUUCGCACCGUUUGCGUGGCGGCGCAAAGCCGACACCGUAUCUACCACCAUCCCACCUCAGACACAGCCGUUGACCUUCGAUGCCCUUGUCGAGGCGUUGACUCCCCCUGCAGUUCCAAGUCUCGCCCAUGCACGCUCUUUAGCUACUCUAAUGGCAUCGCAAUCACCCCUGCCUCGACCAUCCGUGCUGAACCCAGUAUGGGCUGCACUCUGCGGUCAUGAUUCGCCUUCUUCAUUGCAGGCGGCAGGAUAUGAAAUCAUGGCCACAUUCUGGGAGAAAUUUGACGGCCACCUGGGUACAGCAGAUAUCCUUCAGUAUUUCUCGCUAUUCUUGCACACCGUCUGGGCUGCCGAUGUAGGAGAACCUCGACUACGGGCUCUACGGGCUCUCACAAGAGGGGGAACCGAAGUCAUUGGUAUUGAAAUCCCAUUACUUAGCUUGCUCAGAACAUGGACAGAAGGCGCCUUUGAUGCCUACAUGUCGGGCGAUGCUGCCGAUUCUAUUGACCGUGCAGAACGAGAACGACACAUUGAGCUUUUAGCUACCUUCCUAUCUUCCGUACUGGAGCAACCAGAAUCCGCGGCUCGUGUAUCUGAAGGUGACCUUGCCAGUGCGCUUCAGUUCUAUGCUGGUCUUCUUGGUCGGGCGUUGACAGUACCUCCCCUGAGUCCUGCUGCUGAUCCGGUACCUUCACCGCCUCUCGCAGCUCACGCUGAUCAACCCAUCGGCGUAAAAACAACUGUUGGGAUACACAGACGCCAUCCAUCAUCCAUAUCAAUCCGUUCCAUCUCAUCUCCAAACUUGCCUUCUCGAAAGCACCCCGCAGAGUUAAUGGUCGUUAUCUAUCUGGACCACCUUAGUUCGCAACUCAAAGCACUCGCACCCAAAUUCUUAACGCUCAUUCUUCCUGUCCUCUUGCGCGCGCAGGCCUUCUUUGCGUCUCCUUUACCCCGUGUAUCCAUAAUGACAAGUCGCACUCAUACGCCAGCUAGCUUAGAGGACAGGAUUCAAAAAUCUUUGAACGUGUUGUUUUCCGGACCAUAUGGCAGUUCGUGCAUGGCAAUACUCAAACGACACCUUCUUCCUCCUACCGAGGCUGGGAAGGACCUUCAUAUCGCUCCAAUCGUCGCUCUUGGCGCACACAGGACACUGAGAAACAUCAUCCGCCAAGGACUAUGUACAAAAAUGGCUCGCGCAUACAUUUGCAGACUGACUUCCGUCUCAUACACCGCUUCAGGAGCUCCCGGACAAAAGGAUCUUGAGAAAGAUCUUAUGGAGCGCGCAUGGUCGAAGGAUGAUAUUUCUGGAUGGGAUCACACAAGGCUCACAAGAUUGCUCUGCAAAUCGGUUGAAGCUUGGGUCAGAUUCACUCCGUCGGAUAACGUGGAGGAUUAUGACAUGGAGAAGGACAAGAUCAUGGACGAAGCGGCAUGUACCAUGAGAGAUAUAUUUCAGGAGUUUGAUGAGAGGGAGGAUGGCGUCGAUAUGGACGACGAAGAAGCGAGCGUUGCAGGAGCGACCCUCCGCCAACUUGUCAGUUUUGUUCGUCCGAUCAGGACCAUGGAUGGACCUCUGAUCCUACCGCUAGACCAGCCCGCCGAAGCCCCCACGCCAUUCCUACGCACGCUUUCAUCCUUGUUAGCCCGAGAUCAUUCAACCUACAUGAUCCCGUUGCUGUCAACCACACUCUUCUUUAUUGCGGACCAUCUUACCGAUGCAGAUACUGCCAAACUCCCAAGCAUGAUGUUUGAACAACAUGACCUCUCACCUGCAUCACCAGAUUGGUUGAAGAGCUGGGAGGACAUUCUUUCAAAUCCCACUCUAUUUGCUCCUACGCGAGCGCUAACGCGGUUGGAAAUCAUGAAGGCAUUACGAUCCGUCUACGACUCUCUCAAGGACAUGCAUAGCUACAGGAGGUCCCUGGCAGACCUAGUCUUCAAGUUUUGUCGGAUGCAGGCAGAAAAUCCGCAGGAAGACAUGACAUUCGACAGCAGCGUGGCAUGGAAGAUAUUAGGCGAUGAAGUAGUCCUUCGUGCAGCAGAGGAACAUACUGCACCAGCGUCAGCGGCCCCAUCUUCAGAAUCCGAGGCUCCGACUCUCUUUGCACCUUUGCGGGAAAUGAUAGACCUUUUGAUAGCUGUUGCUGUCGAAGGAGUCCAAGAGGAUGACGAUGACUCUGGAUGUGCCAACAUGUCUGGCACCCCAGCAUCACCUGCAUUUUCCUCCAGCAGUGCUUCUGCUGCCGCAACUCCUAUUCUCUCACGAAAGCAGUCAGAGCAUCGCAGCGGAAAUGCUAGAGACAGAGAUUCAAAUAUGCCCUCAGUCAUGUCAAUUCUCUCAUUCGUUGCGGGUUCCCGCUCCCAGUCCCAGCACUCUCAAGAAAAUGAGAGUACCCUCGUGCCAUUGGUCGCUUCCCCUGUAUCAGAGCCAAUAUUGCCUCGUGCAGCUGUAGCAGUGGUGUCGUUGGUUUCGAUAUUCAGCCAACUCGCAUUCACUCCUCACGCACUACUGCAGCAUAACGUCGUUUUGGCAGGCCAGAUAUUCGAUACUUUGGUUCAGCUCAUUGGUGAAGCAAAAUCCCCCCGCACUCGCCUCACAGUUCUCCAGUUCACCAUGAGAAUCCGUGCCGACAGAGAUCAUCGCCUUUAUUUCGUUGACGCCCAUCAUGACCCGGAUGGCAAUACCACGACCUUGGCAUCGCUGAUAGGUCGGAUACAAGAACCAUCGCUUUAUGGACAGCCGCAGCAGUCAGAAGAUGAGAGGACUAGCUCUGGUGACCUGAACAACGAUGACUCUCAUGUGCGCAAACCGCAGCCUCGAGGUACGCAAGAGCGCGAUGGGAGACGAGCAUCUCGUGGAAGGGGAAUCAGACCCAAUCAAUCAGCAGGCAGCCGCAGUCGAUCGAGAGCACCCUUGCCAACGCCAUCGCCCAGUGCAAAUCAAGCAAAAUCACGAGAGACCCUUUGGCAAGUUCCCGAAUCUCUCCCGUUCACUUCCAUAGACCCAGACAAUCCAAGCGAGGGCAUUUUUUCAUAUGAUCCAGCAGCCGAGUCUAUUGGUGUCAUACACAUGGACUCUUAUUUGUCUGCCGUCCUCGACCUGCUAGAGAAAGAGAGAAAUUGGGAAAUUUUCUCUUACGUGCUCUGUCAUCUUCCCGUCCAACUCGCAAACAAACACCUGUUUUGCGGCCCCAAGUGUCGCGAGGUGAUCGCGAGAUUGCUUACCACCAUCUGUUCGGGAUUGGCAAGUGGUCAAUUAGCCUCCAAUAUUGAUCGCUGGCCUCUCGGUCUCAAACCUCGCGAUGCUCAUGGAUUGGCAUUCCACACACUCACCGUCCUCGUCAGCUAUCGGCGGUGCUUCGACUUGCCGUUGCGACACGUUAUUGUCGAUGUGCUUCGAGAAGGGUUGGAUAGUCAGCCAACGACCAUCAUCUGCUGUCUGCAGACUUUGUCAUUAUGUGCCUUUGAGCUUCUGUCUUCGCUCAAGAGGUCCCUGCCAUCAAUCUUGGAGAAGCUCUCGCAGAUCAUGUCAAAUCCAGACAUGGCUGUUCACAUUCUCAGUUUCCUCUCCAUCGUUGGCUCAAUCCGCGCGCUACAUGCUAAUCUUCGGGAAGAAGACUUCAAAAUGGUGUUUGGUGUUGCGUUGCAAUACCUUCAGCAUCACAAUCGUCCUGGUGCAACGCCCACAAUUUCGUGGGCAAUGUCCCAGCAUGUUCGAACGAUUUCGUUCUACGUGGUAUAUGUCUGGUUUUUGGCAGUCAAACUUCCUCAUCGUCCUCGACAUAUCUCAUAUAUCACUCGCCAGUUGCUACUAGCGAACGAGGGGAAGGAUGACAUUGACGAACCCACCGAGGUAUGCUUCGACUGGCUGGCGCGAUAUGCGUACGCCAGCGCCGAUCCACGACCCGCUCGUUCGACGCUGAGUGAGAUUGUGAUGAAUCCCAGUAACCUGGCAUCUCCGGACCCUGCUGUCAGUGAAAAGACGUGGCUUUUGGGUAAUUCUGUCGUCACCAUCCGCUCUCUGGCCCGCCUCGGUUGGAUUGAAGUUCUAUCUCGCCGCCCUUCUGGGUUAACUAGGUUCCUCUGCAAGCUGGAAAACAUACCCUUAGUUGGACCGGGUGAUGUCGAUCCUGAUAUGGUUUCUGUGGCUGCGGGUAUGAUGAUGGAGCGCGAUAUUCCACGCCCUGAACGCCCCGAUGCGGGCGCUGAUCAAUCACUAGAAACGAAUCCUCGCAGUGACUCGAUCAAAACCGUCGUCGAAGGGGAUGAUGGUGGAACUGCACCACCAGCACCAGAUCCAAUCACUGGCUACGUGUGGAGUAACACUGCUCCCUCCCAACGUCGAAAAUAUGUUGCUGUCGAUCCCGCUUUCUUCGCCCUCCAACUUUCCCCCUACCCUGAUAGGAUGAACCAACCCGCUAGCCAGCGGAUGGUCGAUCCAGCGUUACUUCCGGCUCUCUUCCGGUCGUUGGACCAGAUUCCCGUGAUUGACACCCAUAAAGUGGGAAUCAUGUACGUUGCACCUGGCCAGACUCAUGAGCUUGAUAUUCUACGAAACACCCAUGGGUCGCCUGCGUACACAAGGUUCCUCGAGGGCAUUGGCAGACUCAUCAAUCUUCGAGGUCAAGUCGACGUUUAUGCGGGUGGCCUCAGCCCGGACGAAGACGGUGAAUACGCCUAUGCAUGGUGGGAUGACAUAGGUCAAGUCCUUUACCACACCGCUACGAUGAUGCCGUCCAAACCUGACGACGAGUACUGCGUCGACAAAAAACGUCAUAUUGGGAAUGACUACGUCCGAAUCGUGUGGAAUGACUCUGGAAUUCCCUAUCGGUUCGACACACUUGCCACUCAGUUCCAAUUUGUGAACAUUGUCGUCGAACCACAUUCCCUUGGCGCAAUCGCUGCCUUUUCCAACAACAUCCACGAAAACGAGUAUUUCAAGGUCACUAUCCAACGUGCCCCUGGCAUGAGUGACUUUACGCCUGUCGGUGACUUCAAGCUCAUAUCGGCGGAACAGCUCCCUUUGUUGGUCAGGCAACUCAGCUUACUGGCGGAUUGUUUUGCGUCUGUGUUUGAACGCACAGAACGAGACACCAAGGAAGUCGAGGUGAUCACCAACUGGCGUGCUCGACUCCAAAAGAUUAUGGUGUUCAAGAGGGAGAAAAUGCCACCCCUGCAGAUUGGGGAUGAAAUCGAGGGAGUAAUCGGGCAGGAGGCCUAUCGCAACUUCACAGCUACAUUCUAG